CACAGCUGCUAUUGAUCCCGUCACCCUCACGGAGUUGCACCUGGAGCAGAUCUUAGGGCAGGUGUGCACACCAGCCAUGAGGGAACAUGCAUCACUGGAAGAUGCUGAGUGGGUCUACAAUGAUCGCCUGCAUAAUGAUCGACGUCGGGAGAUAUUGGCAAAAUAUCCAGAGAUAAAAUCCUUGAUGAAACCAGACCCUAACCUGAUCUGGAUCGUAACCGUGAUAAUUCUUAUCCAGCUGGCUUCGAUUUACUUAGUCAAAGACUUGGAGUGGAAAUGGGUCAUAUUUUGUGCCUAUGUAUUUGGUGGCUCUAUUAACUACUCACUAAUUACAGGUUCUCAUGAGAUCUCUCAUAAUUUCCCCUUUGGCCACCGCAAAGCACUGUGGAACCGCUGGUUUGGAAUAUUUGCUAACCUCCCGGUUGGGAUUCCAUACUCGAUUUCCUUUAAGAGAUACCACAUGGAUCACCAUCGAUUCCUUGGAGUUGAUGGUGUCGACAUGGGUGUUCCUCACGAUCUCGAGGGCUGGUUCUUCCACACCACUUACAGGAAACUUGUCUGGAUUGCUUUUCAACCUCUCUUUAUUAUUUUUCGACUUCUAUUUAUCAACCGCAAACCGAUUUCUUAUCUGGAAAUCAUCAAUGCUGUGGUUCAGAUCACCUUUGACAUUAUAGUUUACUAUGUCUUUGGAAUUAAAUCUUUAGUCUACAUGCUGGUAGCCUCCAUGCUUGGUCUGGGUUUGCACCCAAUAUCUGGCAAUCUUAUAGGAGACCAUUACAUGUUCUUAAAAGAACAGGAAACAUUCUCCUAUUAUGGGCCUCUGAACUUACUCACCUUCAAUGUGGGCUAUCAUAACGAACACCAUGACUUCCCCAACAUUCCUGGAAAAGACCUGCCCUUGGUGAGGAAAAUAGCAGCUGAAUACUAUGACAAACUCCCCCAUCACAUCUCCUGGGUCAAAGUACUGUAUGAUUUUGUGAUGGAUAACACAAUAAGUUCCUAUUCACGGAUGAAGAGGCAUCCAAAAAGGAAAUAGCUUUUAGAGCAAGCACUGUCAGAGUCAAAGCAAAAGCUGCAAAGAUUUUUAAUUGCUGAUAAUGUGGAAUUUUUUUUUCCUUGUUAAAAUUAAGAGCUGUUAGAAGCCAUCUAGGAAAGGCUGUGGCAAGCAAGUGAGUUUUCUGGUGAUGAGCCACUGUUUUGCACGGCUGUAACAGAUGUACUCUGAGAUGCAGGGUCCUCAGCCACUUCAUCCCAGGAUUGCUUGUUGCUACCAAUAUGCCUUUCCUGCCACUCUUACAUAGCCUAAUGAUUCCUGGGCAUCUGCCAACUCUAUUGGGCAGAUUUCCUGCAGAAUCAAUAUGAAGAUGGUACUUUCAUGUAGUUAUGCUGUGUAGAUGAACUGAUGACUUCAUAUUUCUGUUUAUAGAACUCCUAAAUUGAUAUAAAUAAUAUCAAGCCCCCUACGGAACAAAUGCUGCAAAUAGAGCUAUGUAGACCUUCUUGUGUCACAGGCUAAUUGCAUUAGAGAAAGAAAACAGGCUCGGAACAGAUUCCUUCUAGGUCAGGAAUGAAGCCACUAUCUGGUAACUAAGGGUCAUAAACUGGGAAUGGGAAAUUGAUUGUAGGUGAAAGGACAAAACAUAAAUGAUGGACUGAUACCAGUCUUAUCUGAGAUUUCAGAAUAGUAAGACACAAGGCAGAUGAUUUGUCUCUUGACAAAUUCUGUGCUAACUUAUGACAUAAAAAUUAUUGUUUUAAACUUUUAAUGAGCUUAUGGAUCUAGCAAUAGAUAAUGAAUGUUUAGUCGGGUACUAGCCAAAUGGAAAGACAUGUCAUCGAUUCUGUUGUAAUUCCUUAAGCCUUAUUGCUCUGUGAACUUAUGGAAUGU